AUGUCUUUACCAAUGUCACCUGUUUCACCAAUAAACACAACCACUUCUACUUCCACAACUACAACUCCUCUUUCACCACCAUCACUGAUUGAAAAUUCAUCACAUCCAUUAUCAACGUCAAUAUCCAAUAAUUCUAUCACCAGCGAUUCAUCUCUAGAUAGUAAUACAUCUACCUCAAGCACCACCACAACCAAUUAUGGAACCAAAACUCCAUCAGGAAAUGCUCGAAUUUUCAACUGUACAUUAUGUCAACGAGCAUUCACUAGAGAAGAACAUCUUACUCGACAUACUUUAUCGACUCAUAAUAAAUUGAAACCAUUUACUUGUGGUAUUUGUAGUCGACCAUUUUCUCGAAGAGAUUUGUUAUUACGACAUGCUAAAAAUUUACACCAAGGAAGUGAAGUUGCCGUCAGUAGGAUUAGAAAGAGCUAUAAACACUGCAACAAAGAUAAUGACAGUAAAAGUGGUUCCGAUUCCAAUACUAAUAAGACCAAUAAGAAUGGUAAGAAACAAGAACAGGAAGAUGAUGAGGAAGAAGGACUGAGAAGUGACAGUAGUAGUGGAGCAGAUGAUGAAGAUAGUAAUACCAGUAGUGGUGGUUCUAAUUAUCAUGCUAUUGGUAGUGGAAACAAACGAUUUGUAAAUAAUAGUCCUCAACUCAAGAAAAUCUUGACUAAUGGAUCUGUACCGUCUACUACUACAACUAGUACUACCACUGUUCCUACUUCGACUAAUAACGAUACCGCUUCAAUUACAAAUUCAUCAACUAGUCAUAUCCAUCAACGUUCACUAAAUGUCGAAGAUUAUGAUACCCCGGAGAAAAAGAGAUUGAAAAUGUCAGUUAAUAUGUUGGUCAGUUAA